AUGGCUGGCAAUCGGACUCGACGUAUUGCCAAGGAAUUGGCCGAUAUCCACGCCGAUACCCAUUCGCAAAUCACGGCGGAGCCCGUUGGCGGCCAGGAUGAUGUGACACACCUAAGAGGAAUCUUUCCAGGGCCUCCAGAUACUCCCUAUGAAGGUGGUACUUACAAGGUUGAUAUCAAGAUUCCGACCGACUAUCCUUUCCGGCCUCCAGUUAUGAAGUUUGAAACCAAAGUCUGGCAUCCGAAUGUUAGCAGUCAAACAGGUGCUAUUUGCCUUGACACUCUCUCCAGUGCUUGGUCUCCGGUUCUCACAAUCAAAUCUGCCCUAAUUUCAUUGCAGUCCUUGUUGAGCACCCCCGAGCCCAAGGAUCCGCAAGAUGCAGAGGUUGCCAAUAUGAUGCUUCAAAGGCCGCAGGAAUUCCAGCGUGUGGCACGAGAAUGGGCCGUCAUUUAUGCAGGUGCACCCUCGGAUGAUUCUGGUCAAACAGGAACGGCAGAGGCGCCCUUUAUGAUUGAGGAUGAGUCUCUAGCCCAGUAUAAUGGUUAUGAUAGAGCACUAGUUGACAACUUCGGCGCAAUGGGAUUCCAAGUAACGGAUAUUGUGAGAAUAUUCGGAGAGCUUGGAAUUAGCCCUCGGAGUCACCAGCUAGAUGAAGGUCAAGUCGAUGAUGUUUGUGCACGCCUGCUUGCAGGGCUAUGA